AUGAAAAAGUCUUCUAGCAGAUCGCAAAAGAAACCCCAAGGUUUUCAACUAGAAGAAGAUUCAAAGGAUCUAGAUAAAAAAGUGACUUGGCCAGUUUCAUUUUCAAAUAAUGAAGAGUAUCAAAAAGUAUGGCAAAAAGGAAUUCAGAUAGCAAAAGAUAUGUUUAAAGUAGAUGGUGCUGAAUAUACAUUUUCGACCUG